AUGAAAUCUUUGCUGAAGAACAUAUCUUUGAAUCUCGAUAAUGAAUCUGAACGUCAGAAAAUACUUGGCGAUCUCAUCCUCGGCAUAGAUAACGAUGAAAAGCUUCAAAAUGUUAUUGGAGAAAUUUUACCUUUCGCCACAGACAACGAUAGACAGCUUAGAACAGCUUCCAUCAUUGCACUUGAGUUUAUUAACAACAAUUUUGAUAUUAAAUCAGUCAAAGUUGCAAUUCUUGAAAUGGCUACAGCAAAACUCACAGAUUCAGCAACACUUUUCACUGCUUGCAAGAUAGUAAAGCAAAACUUCCAGUAUGCAAGCGAAGAAUACAUCACAACAAUUUUCGAAACCCUCAUCACAGUAGAUUUACGCUCAAAUCUUCUUAAACAUCGCUUAGAAGCUUAUUCCUUACUUGAAAUGCUUGUUAACAAUCCAGCACUCAAAAUUGCUCCUACACAAGAAAUAAUCGACAGAUUCCGCAAAUUCUGUGGAUACGAGCAAGAUCCAAAGUGUCUUGACUACAUAUUUAAGCUCUUUCCGAUCUUUUCUAAGCGAAUUCUUCCUGAUAUCAAUGAACAAAUGCGUGCUCAGCUCUAUGACGUUGUUUCUGUCUUCUACCCCAUCACUGCACGUCCAGAGCUUUCACAUGACCUCAACACGACUCUCUCUCUUCUUCCAGAAUACACAGAAGAUCUCUGCGAGCUUGUCUCUACGAAACUAUCAAACGCCUUAGCCGACACUCGAUCCGCUGUCUACCAGAGUCUUCCGGACUUGCUGAUUCGCGAGGCUCCAGAGCAAUCCGUCGGAAAUAUUGUUGUUUCUUUUGCGAAAUCCCUCAGCGACUACUUUGCUAACGGCUCCACCGAUGCUACCCAAGAAGUUGUUGACUCUGCUGUCAAGGCUCUUGUCCAUUUCGUUGAAAUUUCGAAAGAUUCCCAUCAAAUGCUGUUGCAGAGCGCGAUGCAGAACUGGAUUCCGACCAUCAUCAACAGUACAGAGUCAUCCACCAUCAGGGCGUACUCAAUUGUUGCUUGGUCUCUUGAUACAGUUCUAAAUUUCUCUCCGAUCGCAUUAGUUCCACUCAGCGCCACAGCGGAGGAGAGUCUGGCCAAGAAGGACGAAGCCAGGAUCCAGGCCAUCCUCGCCAGUGUCGUAGAGUUCCUCAAAUUCACUCACGUCGUUGAAAAAGAGAUGGAAGACAUAAAGGGCAUAUUUAAAGUGGCAAUUGUAGUUCUCUCAUCUGGUGAAUAUUCACAGAACUGCAUUGUCUCUGCCCUCGUCGUUCUAAGAGAGAUUUCAAACAAAUCAAAUUUCCCUGAUAACGAUGAAGUCGUAAAGCUUGCACUCAAAUACGCCAAAGUUCAAUCAUUCUCCGCCCAGCUGCUUUGUUCUCUCGCAGAUCGCCAAAUUCAGUACGAACAGCAGCUAAAUAACGAGCUAGUAUCAAAAUUAGUUUCCGCAAUUUCCGAAAACAAUACAGAAAUCAUUGGUGAUGAUAAGCCAUUCUCCACGAUAUCAGAAGUUGUUGCAUUUGCCUCCAGAUUGUCUGUUUCUCCGUUUUUCGCCAGAUUCCUUCUUCCGGCCAUUGCAAAAGGCGGUUUUGUAAAGGAACUAUUAAAGUGCAUUCUUCCAUUGCACGAAAUCCCCUCCGAGACCUGCGACUCCAUCCUUUCCGCUCUUAACGCUCUCCAGAAUCCGCACAAGGACGCCGUUUUGAGCGUUGCCAUCCGCUCUCCUCGUGGAUUCCUUCUGGACGCUAUGAUUAAGUACACUCGGAUUUCGGAUCUCCUUCUUUUCGCCGCUUUUCCGAGUGAAGUUCCCUCCCGCCCUAAUUUGACAUCUGACUUGGCGAAAUUUGCAUACGGCGCUAAGACAUCUAAUUACUUCGAGGGCUUCCACCCUCCUGCGGCCAGUCUGUGCUUCAGGAACGAGAUCACAUCCGAAUUCUGCGCAGAAGACAUUCCAAUUCUUUUAGAAAUGGAGAACUUCUUUGACGGCGCUACAGGAGCUGUCUUCAACAAGUUUGACCUGCUGAAUGAAAGAUUUAUGUACAACGACGAGUACAAGACGUAUCUAUGGAAGCCAUUCUACAGGAAUCUGUUCGAUAAGCCAAAGAUACUCUGCAAACUAUGUUUGUUGUGUCCUCCUGAUUUCUUUUUGUCUGUUCUAAGCGAAUUCAUUCUUUUGCUGCCUUCUUUCAUAGAAAAUGAUACAAAGGGUGGCUUGGAUUUGACGAUCUUCGCUCUAAUGUCUCUGAACAAGAGAGAUCAGAUUGCAAUGAUAUCCACAAUGUCAACAUUGGUCGUAGCUGUUUGCGAUGUAGUGAAAAAUGGUGACAACUACGAGAGAUUGGACGCAUGCAAAGUGUUGCGCGCAAUGACAGCUCAGUUGCCAACUGACGCCUGCGUACCUCACAAGAGAUUAGUAAUGAAGACUCUAAACGUGGCUCUCGAUGACAACAAACGUGAAGUAAGAAACGCUGCUGCAUUAGCAAGAGUUGACUGGAGUAAGAUUGAAUAG